AGAAUUUACGUACAGUCAGCAAUUCCUCAGGCUCAUUCGGCGACCCUCAAGAUAAAAGCAACGCUAAACACUCUUGCAACAUGAACGUCGCCGACCCCAAAGAACAUCAUUCCUUCUACCCCACAAAAUGAAGCCCGAGCAAAAGUUUAAUGAGCCACUCUAUAUAUAAGAAUAUAGAAUAGUCGCAACGUUGUGGAAAAGAAUUUAAUCUAUAAAAAAACAGACCAGUACCUGCCACUUCAGUCUGCAACAAACAAAAUCAUCUUACAAUGUGUGGACAAGCAAGCUGCCCGACCUGUCAGAAGGAAACCUGGAUCGGCUGCGGUCAACAUUUACCUUCCGUCUUCUCUUCGAUCCCUGCCGAUCAAGAAUGUACCUGCAUACCAAAGUUUGAGAAGGACGGGGUCCAAUACCCACCGAAAGUUGGCACCGGCACAGCACAGGAUGCCGGAGAGGAGGGGGACGUUGUCAUACACGAUUUGAAGCGCGGUGUAUGA